AGCACGCGCCACUCCCAGGUGUCCUCGCAAGGUCGCUUUUCAGAAGCUGGAUCUCUGGUAGGUGACAAACCGGGCUACAGGGGCUCGCCGUGUCCUUCUUCCCCGGGUCCCUGUGCCACCAUGACGGGGUACACUCCAGACGAGAAACUGCGACUGCAGCAGCUUCGGGAACUGAGAAGGCGAUGGCUAAAGGACCAGGAACUGAGCGCCCGCGAGCCGGUGCUGCCCCCGCAGAAGUUACGGCCUAUGGAAGCUUUCUGGAAUAGAUUUUUGCGUGACCAGGCCCCCUGGAAGAACAUGAUCUACAAGGUAUACAGAAACAGUAUCUUUGCUUUCACUAAUGUACUUAUACCGGCCUGGAUUGUUCAUUAUUAUGUCAAAUACCAUGUGAAUACAAAACCAUACGGUAUUGUGGAAAAGAAGCCUAAAAUAUUCCCAGGUGAUACUAUCCUGGAGACUGGGGAAGUAAUUCCGCCUUUGAAAGAAUUUCCUGAUGAGCAUCAUUGAAGAGUACUUUCAAAUUUCAAAGGCUUAGGAGCCCAAGUUUAUUACUACUACACCAUAUUUACUGAAUAUAUUUUCUGGAAAAGUAACUUUAAUAAAGUUUACUGUCUGG